CAUCAAAAUGGCGGUGAGUUUGGUGUUCGUUGAGGCAUGUUUAUUAUGAUUUCUUAUUAGGCACCAUUCAUUUGUGACCUAUUUAUGUACGAACUUAGCAGCAAAGGAUAAUGUUCCAGGGAUAUUAUCUUUAGAAUUUAUAUGUUAUCAGAUCUAGACGUAUGACAGUGUAGCUGUAAAAAGAGGUAGCCAUGUUCAAGGGGAGAAAAGUGUCUGAUCCCAUUGUUCAUGGUACCACUGGGGGAACUGCAAGCGGCACCAACAGAUAUAAUGGAGACAGAGAUUUAGAUAGAGCUUGGAACAACAUUGGAAAGGCCAAAUCAGAGCUGCGGAAGAUUGAGCACCGCUUAGGAGAUGUAGAUCACCGUCCUCACCUCAAUGAGACAGGAGAGACGAGCAUCACUGAGUACCCGUCACUGGACCAGACUUACAGCAAGACCGAGUUUCCCUCAGGGGCUGUGGUAGAUAAGUAUGGAAGGAGUGCCUACAUGAGGAGCAAGGCUCACACUGGGGGAGCAGCAGACGGGACCAGGAAGAUCAGCAGGAUGGAUGACAAAUACAGGGAAGACAACGACACUGCUGCCCAUGGCUCUAACCACAAUCACCGUGGUGACAGACGGACAGAACGUGAUAAAAAAUCCUUGGAUCGCCAAGGCAGAGGAGCGACAGGAAGUCCUAAACGCGUGGAUUUUCAUGAACACAAUGAAAUGCGGGAAGUGAAUCUUGAUGGUACUUACACAGACCUUGCAGUAGGAAGUGCAAGCAAUACUGGCCCAGUGGUAGAUUCAUCUUCAUUUUCUCAGGGAAAUAUUACAGACUCUGUCGCACUCCGGAACACCGAAAUUAGGUUUAUAAACGAACAUCAAAGUGAAAGAACUGGAAACGAUUUGAGAUGGAAUGGGAGAGCACCAUUUACAGCUUUUAAUACGAACAUGCCACCUCCAUCCAGUGGCGGCAGUAAAUUCACUCAUGUGAGUGUCACAGUCCCAGGCUCCACCAGGGCGACUUCAUCUGUUGGAGUCGCAGGGGGUGCCACCAACAAAGUGCCUGGAGCUUUGUCGUCGGCGCUGGCCAGUCCAAUACAGACGAGAGACGCUCACAAUGACCGUGGGGCAUCUGACCUUGACCGACGAUGGGAGGUUGGUUCCACAGAUUCAGCACAGUCUGAUGAUCGCCCGUUCAGUCGAAGGUUCAAGGGCAGCAUAAGGGACAUAGACUCAGAUGGACUGGCCAAACUUAAGGAGAAGAUAAGGAAGCAGCAGGAGAAAUCCUCCUCACCUGUCCCACCAGAAGCGAGAAAUCCAAUGGAGGGUACAGCUCUAGAGACAGGGCCACGUCACACAUUGCAUCUUGAUCAUGAACCCAUCGAACAGCGAACAUACGAACUCCUCCUACCACCAGAUGGCGCCAACAGCAAACAGCCAAAAGUGCGCAAAGUGGCAGCUGGUCCUCCCCUACCUUCUUAUAAAGGCUUUAGUGAAACUGAAGUAAGGUACAAACAUACAGAGCCCAAGCCUGUCAAAACACAUGACAUCCGCAAAAAGGAGAAGCGGAAGAAGACGAGCUUUAAACUACAGGAGAAGAAACCAGAGUUCUUUGAUGACGGAAGAGAGGAUAAAGUAGCAGACAAACCAAAGAAGAUGACCCGAGUGAUAGCUUCCAGUUCAAGGAAACCUGGCAAGCAAGAGGUGCAGAAAAAAGAAAUCAUCACCACAUCGUCCUGGAGGGCGGGUCAAGAGUUGGUGUUAAGGGAACUUGGACCGGUCAAAGUCCGCAGAACAUCACAGACCUCCCAAACAAGUGAUCUUCCAGAGCAAGCCAUGCAUGCAGCAGACAUUGAGGAUGAACAAGAUGCUGAUUUCCAGAUGCAAGACUUUGAGGCCAACAAGGAGCAUGCAUCCUCUACAGCAGCCGAGCUUGAGAGAGCACGUGUACUGUCUGAGGAGGCACGCAGGGUCCUCAGUGACCUCAAUUACGGUUCAGAAGAUGAUGAUGACAAGGGUAAACAUGGUGAUGGUGCAAGACAUCGAAGUCACAAGUCAGCAACGAAAAGAAAAGCUAGAUCUACAGAUUUGGAGAAACAGCAGCCUAUGGCCAAGCACCGUCAUUAUGACGCUCAAGAAGUGCGACGCUAUAUUCAGCAACAAAAGCGUGCAAGGCUACGACAACAGCGUGAAGACGAACAAAAACAGAAGGAGGCAGACAAAAUCAAACGCAAGCAGUUAGAGGAAUUGUAUAACAAACAGAAGCAGUCGGCUGUGACUUCAGCCUCACACAAUAAAAAGGUCAAGGAUGUGCCAGAGGGUCGUGAUGGGAGACGUAGUCGUCACCGUGUUGAUGAAACUUUUAUACAUCCAGCUGGACUUGCUGACCUACCACAACAUCAUCCUUUCCACGAAAAUCGACAAAGGAUGGUGGUGAGCAGCGAGUCGGAGAAAGAAAACAGAGGAGUUAAUCACAUAGAGGAGGAUAUGAGUGAUGAUAGUUCAACGAUAACGGGCGAUUCAAUGGAGGAGGAAACCACAGAGACGGCUACCCCAAGGGUAGAGGCUGAGAAGACCAAAGUGAAAUUCACAGGGAAAACUAGUGACAAAGAUAGUGAAACGGUGCCAAAUAAAUUUUCUGUUGAUGGUGAAAAUAAUAUUCGAAAUGUUGGUGGAUUUACAUUUAAUGUGGAGGGAGUGAUGAGUAAAUUCUCUCAGGCACUUCACAACAAAGGGGAGCAACUCCCCUCAAACUCAGGGUUAGGGGGGUCUGUGCCUUCCACUAAUAACGAGGGUGCAGCGGAACUGCAACGGACACGUGCUGACAGAAUACAGGCAAUAAAGGCCACUGCUGCUACUCUACAGAGCCGCAUUCAGGCAGAGGCUCGUAAAAUCACAGGCCAUGACGAAGGCAGUGCAGCUAACCCCAAUCCUAACUCUCGAUGGGCAUUACCACCGGCUGGAGGAGGAGGAGCUAAAGAAAAUGAUGCGUUCGUGUCGCGCUAUGAAAGGAUGAUUGGCACUGAUACUAAUUACUCUGUGUUCGCCGCAAACCUGCCAGGUGCUCAGCAGGCAUCACAAGGAGACCCGCAAGGGGGCCUUGAUGAUAGCAGUAUAGAGCCAGAGGCUGCUGCCAUCAGGAUACAGGCGGCCUAUCGAGGCCACACAGUACGGCAGAGCCUCACCUGGAAACUGCCGUCAGGCCGCACCAUGUUAGCUAGUCACAGGGAUGAGGAUGAAGAUGAAUCCUCUAUAUCAGAAACAUCAACAUUCAGCGACAUCACAAUAACAGAGGACUCAGAAAACUCCAUGUCAUCACCACCGCGCAAGAUUGGUGCAGGACUUCGUGACAGAGACUUCCACGCAGGAGCCAAGAGGUCACGACCUUCUCAGGAGAUGCAUAUCCCACGACCCCAGGGGCAGACAGCCAAGUACUCCUGGGAGGAUCCCACCUCUGAUCCAUACUCUGUCCUCAAUGUGUUCGCCAGGCAAAAACGCAACCAAGUCAAACAGCGUCAGGGUCCAGUAGGAGAAGAGAGUCAUGUGCCAAAAUCCCGCGCAACUAUCCCAGUGAAGGAGGAUGAAGUCAAGCGUGAUAAAACAACAUCGCAGCAGACUGCUCCAAAACCUGCUGCACGGUCUGGAGUGAAAGAUACACGGAGCCGCAGUCCAGGGAUGGGAUACCGCCAAGAGAGUUCUCAUCCAGUCAUUACAGGGCUACGCACAUCAAACUUCGCAUCUAUCACUGAAAGUCUGAAAAACAAGCCGGAAGUUAAUCAGACAAAAACAGCAUCUGUGAGUUUCCAGGUUGGCACCGAAAAGAGUGAUGAUGACACGCUGGAGGAGGAUUCCUACCUGAAGACUGCGGACAGUGGGGAUGAUAGGAAACACAAGCCUUACAAGUAUGAGAAAAAGCCCAUCAAGCCCCAACCUAAGUCCUCCUCAGUCAAAUCUGUUCGCAAGGAGCGCUCUGGAUCAGACAGGGGGCAUAAAGAAGGUUCAGAAAGUGAUGUCUCGCUAGAAACGGACCGACCAAGUUACUCUCUGCACCGUCCAUCAUAUGAUGCUUCUCAGGAGACUGGACUUAAGUUCCCAUCGCGAUAUUCUCCCAAUUCUCUGGAGCGACAGUUCCACACAGAGCUGAACCAGUUAGAGAGUAUGGAGGAGAGUAUGAGACAGCUGACGAACAUGGAACGUACACGGGCUGUGUCUAUGGCCCAACAGGAAACAGUCUCCCUUGCACAGAUGCUUAAGGCACGGCAGCAGGAGCACAGUAAAGAUAUGAGCGUAUUAGAGCUGAAGGCACAGAGAGAGAUGCUGGACGCUACUAAGGAGUUAAAUGAUGUCAGACAGCGGUCAAUGGAGGUCACCCAGACAGCUGCGGAGGCCAUAACAAGACUGCGCUCUGUACCCACUGACACCAAGCAGAAGACUGGGCGCAAGGUCACCGUCGAUCCAAGGUCAAGGUCAGAGGUCACAAGUCUGCUGGUAACGGACAAUAUCAGACCACGAAAGAAUAAAAUGACAACAUCAGCUGUGGAGUCCGAGAGAGGUGUACUGGAUUCUGCACGGACAGCUACCUCCUACACAGUGGAUAGUCGGACAGGCCGCUCCAGAGGAGUUAUAACCCCUAACAGUCUGCGUACAGCCAGUGAUACCCAUAAGAAUGGAGACAGUGACUCCUCCAUACGCUCUGUCUCCGGAGCUGAAGCCCGCGACGAGUCGCGCUCGGAGAGUAUCAUUGAGGAUAUCUCACAAGCCUCCGGAGACGAUUACUCAGUUAUAUUUGACGACACGAUGACGGAGGAUGAGAUGGAGGAGAAAUCCUUCAAGGCAAUCCUACCGUCGGAAAGUCAUCGUAAACGUGCUAAGAAACACUCGGGAGACAACAUGUCUGUCACGUCAGAUGAAGGCAGCAUCUCUUCAGUACCCAACACACCCAGAAUGACUCUUAAUGACCUCAGCUCAUUUUUCACCGGGGAGGAGUCCUUCAAUAAGUUUACAGAGGAUAUGGUCCGACAGUUUAUGAGAGAGGAAGAGCUAAGGGCUCAACACCAGGGUGCUUUGUUACGCCUCCGAGAGAAAGCUUUGACAGAGAAGACUAAAGCUGAACUUGCCUGGCUGGACCAGCAACGACAUAAUCUUCGCAACAAAGGGGCAGACGACAACUACCCACAGAUCAUCAAACGGCAACGUGGCCUCAAAAUGAGGCUUCAGGAACAACAGGCUGAAAUAAAGAGGCUGCAAGAGUCCAACAAGGCAGCGUCUCUAGAGAGGCAGCGACUUCUGAAGCAGCACACCGAGAUCAGUCGCAUGAGAAAAAACACACAAAAGACCAAGGAGAAGUUAAAGGGGAAUGGCCGACUUGAGCGUCCGUCCGAGGUCCACACGGAGGACGAGGUCAGCACUUUUGAUGACCAUAAAGACGGAGCAAGUGGACGAAAGAAGAAGGACUACAAAUCCGAUUCCGAGAUUUACACGGAGCCAAAAGUAACACACAAAAAGUCCAUGGACGAUUCCACAGCACUGGACAAACUCAAGAAAAUCCAUUUUGAUGAGAGGUUCCUAACAGCAAGAGAACAAAAGCUUCUUGACAGACGGAAAAAUGCUGAGGAACUUUUACGAUGGAAGCAACGUCUUGACCACGAGGAAUCCAGAGUGUUCAAAAUAGAACAAAAAGCCAUCAAAAUAUGGGAUACACAGGACAACCGCCGACCAGAGAAAACACCUGCCAAGGACGACCGUAGACUGGCGAAGACUCAAGCUAAGACGGUAAAGGACGACCAGACUGACAACACCAAAGUCCGCCAGAGAAAUGACCCCAAAGAAUCUCAAACUGCCUCAACCGCACAGGAGAGCACAAUUGCCUCUGCUAGUGUACUAACUGCCAAAGACGAGUCAGUGCGCCGCAGUGUGACUGAAACCCCCAGGACAGAGAUCGCUAGUGGAAGUGAGAGCUCACCGGAGGAAAGACUGAGGGAGCGUGACAACAAAGACCGCACAGCCAACAGUGGCAGUGAGAGUUCUAUUGUUGAGGAGAUAGCAUCCAUAUCUAGUGUGGAUGAGGGUAGUCCCGCCACACCCAGAGUCCGCAAGUCUCGGUCAUCUGCAGCAGAUGACACGAUCAUCAAUGACAGCCAGUACAACAACGAUUCCUUUGAGGAGACCAGUGUUCAGGUCACUAGCAGUAAGCGGAGUGGUAAAUCUCCUCGCUCCCCCCUUGACCGCCUCCCCCAAGGCAUGUUAUGGCUGUCAGGCCGCACAGUCCGACACGGAAACCGCUCGCCCUUCAGUCGCUACCGCAGCUCGGAGAGCGAGUCAGAAGAGUCCAUUUCGCACACAGAGUCCUACACAGAGACCCAGUCAGACUUCAGUGACUAUGAGGGGCGAGUGCGUGCCUUGAAUGAAGAACUGAAACGACGCAAAGUGGAGGCAGACAGACUUAAGAAAGAACGAAAGAAGAGGAAAAAAGAAAUACUCAAGAACAAGGAAGUAGCUCUGAAGAAACAAAUAGAGGCCUACGAUAACCAGAUCGUUCAACUGAAGGCAGAGUUACAGAAAGAGAUGGAGCAUGAGCCAGUUAAGUCGAGCGUACGACCUCAGAUAAAACAGCCAAAGGUCAGCCCACCAAAGUCAAGGCCACAACAGGAAGUCACCACCCCAACUAAGAAGGGAAGCACCUCUUCCAUCAGUGAAGACAGCAAGGAAGGCACAGACUCUGCCCAGAGUUCACCUUCUAUCACAGAAGAUACAAAACAGAGUUCGCCCACGCAAAAGACAGCUCCUUCAAUGCCUUUAACCAAAGCUGGAUCCUUGGAGAAAAUUUCGGAAGCUAGUGAAUCAACAAUAAGUAGGUCAAGGUCAGACAAUACGACACGCAGAGUAUUGAGUAAACCAUUCAGUAAUGAUGAAGCAUCAAUUAAAACGGAAAUAUCAGAAGAUUUUGAUCAAGCCGCGGAGGACAGUGUUUCUGAAAGGUCAAAAUCUGGUCUGUUUCACAUAACAAAGGAAUUGCCUCCCCUUACUGCACCAAAGUCUACUGCCUCUGUGUCACGGGUUGACGAGGAUGAAGCAAGUUACACAGAGGACUUUACAGUGGACGAUGGUGUGUCUGCCAGUGUUAAACUACCUCAUAGUGCUCGUAGUGAUGUCUCAGAUCACACAGAGCACAAACAACGUACAGUCACAGACAAUAUGUCAGAGCAAAUCAGUGAAGCUUUGUCUGUACGGUCUGAGGACUCGCACUUCAUACAGCCCCUUGACCUGCAGGGUCGUCAGGAACAGCCUGAUGAUGGGUAUCCAGACCAGAAAUCUCCUCGUUCUUACUCCACCACAGCCUCACGACCAUCAAGUGGCCGAUCACUGUCCAGUCAAGACCCUAAUGAGUCAUUUGAUGACUCGGAUGUUGAACCCAGUCAAACAUCAUCAGUACCCCAAGUUCAAGGUGACCUCCCGUCAAGGUCUGGUGAGAUUGGGUUCGAAGAUGAAGAGGAAAUUGAUGAUGAAGAGGAGACUCCAACUGCUUCGCCCCGUGAUGCACCCACCAAAGAGAUGGACAUCAUGGGUGACUUUAACAUAGGGGACCGUGUCCUUGUGACUGGGCCCAGGGGUGCUCGCAGUCCAGGCAUCCUACUGUUCAAGGGCAAGGUGACCUUCGCUCCAGGAAUCUGGGCUGGAGUAGAGCUGGAGGCUGCUGAUGGUAGAAAUGAUGGUUCUCACGAGGGUAUACGCUACUUCACAUGUCAUCCAGGGCAUGGUGUCCUAGUACCAGGAGAUGACCUCAUGCCUGCUCCUGCCAUCAGGAGUCCACGCCGAGAAGGAUUCAGUUCGCAUGAUGAUGAUUCCAUUACAACUGAUGACCAGGAGGACUCGGAUCUCAGUAAAGUAAUCAGUGAGGCAGAAAUAAAUGUGUCAAAUUUCAGUGAUGGACUUCCAUCACCAAGAGCACCCAUAGAUAGAUCACAGCAUCAGAAAGAGGCUCUCACAGACACAAUCACUGACCAUAUUCUUGCGGAAGUUGUCCGAGAUGACAUGAACACUAUCAAUAGAAUUCAGGGCAGAAAGACGGCGCCGUCUGCUGUGGCACAGGAACCCAGCAACAGACUCGAGGUGCCUCAACCUGGUGCUAACACACCUCACAUGAAUGGCAGUGUGGAUAGUGAUGGUGAGAGAGACAUAAACCAGAAUGAUAAACGCUCACAAAUGACAGAAAAAUUAACCAAAAACCUACUAAACGAUGCAAUAGAUGACAUGAUUACAAUUCGUAAUAAGCAGCGAAAUCGCCAGGACCCUCUGCGUAGUGGGUAUCAGGACCAAGUAUUUUCUCCCACACAGGAAAUUGAGCAUGUGUGGGGAAGGGGUUCCCAAGGAGAGAAGCCUGAUAAUCCUCCGCGCCCUGUCUCCCCACUCCCAGGCAGCACCUCCCGCGCCACCAAGGAAGGAAACAAGGAAUUGGACGAGGGCCUGAAUGACCUUCUGUUUGAUGAUAAGGUGGAUGAAUACAUUGAUGAUGAAAUCAUAUCUUCUCCAAAGAUGAACCAGCCCCCUCCUCCGUAUCCAGGCCUACAGCCAGAGUUGAUAACAGAUACUGGCAACCUAGAUUUCCAGCAAAUACAAGAGGAGGUGUUUUUCGCUGUACCACACGAGCGCCAUGAGAUAGAAGAAGUGGUAUCUAGUGCUGUGGACGUGUUCUGGAACCAACGUCGGUACGGCGAGUCCUUAGAGGGACUGGAGCCCCCGGACACGUACUACUCCACAGAGGAUAACAACAAUGACGUGGACAGUAAGAGUCGGCGCGUUUUUGAGAAACUGCUUUUCGAUUCGACGGGUGAUAUUAUACGUGAUAUUUACAAAGAGGAAGAUCAGGACACAACAUGUGCCUGGAAACAAACAAAACGGACACGACAGAAAUAUUACCGAGGUGCUAAUCCCCCAACAACAAUAGACGUCUUAAAACCAAUUGUUCAGAAGGCUGUGAUUGAAAUUCUAGGGUUAAAUGGUUCCCGGAAAGUGGACAAAAAUCGUUGGAGUGUACGGAAAAAGAAGGAUCAUGUAGACAACAUCCUGGUGGAGGAGCUAAGAGAGGAGGAACCUGAUUGGGUGAAUUAUGAUGACGAUGAGACUGCUGUUAAAAUGCAGCUAACAGAGGCUAUUUUCGAGACAUUGUUGACUGAUACUGUGCAGACGAUGAAUAAAAUAUACCGCAAAAAACAAAUGUUAAGUCAACAGCAACAAUGACUAUAAGAUGAACCUGACCCUGUACACCAAACAGCCCCCAAAACAGGCUACAUGGGCAUAGUGGUUAUGGGUACAAAGCCAAAUAUAGAAUCUAUUGGCAUUUACUUCUGUUAUGCCAGGUAGCAAGACCAAUUGGCAUACCGUAGCUUUUAAGUCAAUUAUUAGACCAUUUGCUAGAAUGUAGACAAAAAUAUUAAAGAUCAGUUUGAGACAAAAUAUUAUUGUUAUAUACAGUGACACCUCUGUAAUAUAGAAUUAUAGAAAACACAAAAUUUAUUGUCAAGACAGUUUUAUUUAAAAGCUGAACUAAUUUGUACGACUUGAGCUGGCUCCAGCUUUGGUCUACAACAAAGACAUAUACCUACAGAUGUAUUCAAAUCCUCCUCAGCUAUGAUGGACAUCAUCGUCAGUCACACUAGUUAAAUGUAGUCAUGGUUGUCCACUGUACAUUCCACACAAGUGUAAAUGAUGUUAGAGUCGUGUGAUAGGUACACAGUGUGUUCUGUUCUGUGUGUCGUGUUUGAAAACAAGACCAUAACAGUCAACCGGACACCAAAACUAAUUUGUUAACAUUUCUGAUUACAAAGAAAAGUAAG